UCGCCCGCCUCCGAGGGUUGGCGCCCUGGUACGCCUCGCGAAGCCUAUUGGCUGCAGGCGGGGUGAGGGGCGGAGCAAAGCGCCGGUGCGCGGCGCGAUUCGGUAGGCGAAGGGAGACGGCUGGGAGGAGCCAUCUUGAGAGCGGGAAGGAUGCCGAAACGCCACACGGAUCCGCCAUCUUGAUUGGGGGCAGGGCAUGGGAUAACCGCAUUGGGCGCCAUCUUGAAUACGGGCAAGGGCUCCAACGUGCACAUUGUGUUGUCACCCGCAGCGCGGGCCGGUGCCUGCGGGAGCGGCCCAGCCACCGCCGCCAUGUUGGUUACGGGCAGGGAAGCCGCGCGCUCCGGUUCGUUGCCAUCUCGAGUAAGGGAGAGCGGGCGCCUCGCCGAAAUUAGGUUAAUUAUUUAGCACUGCCAGUCAGGGGACUUUUAAUGGAGCUAGACAGCACCUAGACGUUUUAUUUAAGAUACAGGAUAAAGUCUGUUUAAUUGUAGUUAAUGUCUUAAGGAUAAAGACUACCCAGUGGGUGAGAGAGAGAGAACUUGUGAGGCUUCCCUGUCCCCUCGCUGCCAGUGAGAUUCUUGUCCUUCUACAGCCUGCUCUGCUCCAUGGGAGGCUUCCUGAAGCAUCUUGCCUGACCUUGGAGGAGGUUCUGAGAGAGAAGGAAGAAUAUUUGAAGAAUCACUUACUGAUCUCCACCUGAGAGAAGGCUCAGUGAGACAGAAAACAGCAGCAUGAACGAGAGUGUCACUGAUGGAAGGUGCAGCAAUGCCAGUUCACUUCGCAUGGAUCUCUCCAAUCUUGUGACCUGGGCGCACACUCACGGGACCAUCUGCAACCAAAUCCCAGCCUUGGAAACUGUGCAGAACACGGGCCAUCCCAGCAAGGACGAUUCUGUUCUGUGGAUGUGUGGAGUUGGACAUGCGUAUCACUGGCAGUGUGGACAAUUAUUUGUCAGAAGCAGAGAGGAGAAUGAAGCUGUAGAAAAGAGAAAGAGGGUAGUAUCUUCUGAGCCUUCAUCAAGGGAAGCCAAUUCAGAUGAGAAGAGGUUCAGGAUGACCCCAUCUUUUGAGAGGGCGAAAGCAGAUGCUGUUAGCGCAGGGCCAUGCAGCAGAUCUCCAGGGGUCACUCAGCAGAAAGAUGACACAGUCUACAUAAUACAUAAUGAACCUUCACCCCAAGGAAAUCGAAAAAAUAGCAAAUCCACAAAGUCACACAUUGCAGCAGAGCAGCAUUUGUCAAUAUCUGGUGGUGAAGUCAAAACUGACAGACAUAAGGUGAAGCUAGAAAGCAACGAAGAUCUACAAAUCAUCUCUGAUGAAGAACAGUGUAUAUCAGAUGAAGACAACCAAGGAGACACAACCAACCAGAAUAUUCUGCCAGAAUCACCAAUUACAGAUGUAACUGCUGAGGUAGGUUUGCAAAUGCAUCACAACCAGAAGACAGCAUUUAACAGCGUGACAGCCACCCAAACAGCUGGCUUUGCCCCCACAGGAAACCCGCCCGUAACUCUUGCCUGCGUUCUGAAGUCCCCUGACAGCAAGCGCGAGAGCCUGGACAGCAGCUUCUUGAGGUUCGGCCCUUUUAAUCCUGCGAGGGCCGUGACUGAAACUUCUAGAGCAAGAAAUUCCCCUGGGCCAACAAUACCAAAAGAACAUUUAAAAUCUGUUCCCGUCUCCGACACUGAAGCCAAGGCCCAACUUGAGUCACCCGCCUCUGUGACAUUCUUUGAGUUUGAAGCCACUGUAGGUGUCCAGCAGCAGCUCCCGCUGAGCCCUCCCGAGCACAGCACUCCAGGAACGGGCCCUGUUGAGGAGGGUGAACCGUCGGGAUCCGGGCAUGUACCUCAUCUUGCAGCCUCAUUGACCCCAGAGAGCAAGAACAGAGACAGUCCACCUGCAUCUUCGAACAAAAAUGUGUUGAAGAAGUGGGAGAAAAAGAGAAGAUGUAACGCUGGCGAUAUAAAGAUUUUCAAGGACUGGCUGGUUUUACAUUGUCCUUCCGAAACGCACGAGAUCUAUGAGCUGCCACCCAAAGACCUCGAUAAUUACCUGGCCUUGUUCUACACUUCUGCAAAGAGACAGAACGGCACAGAUUUUUCCGCCAGUUCGUUGCACUUCUUUCAGAGCAGCAUAGAGAGAUACCUCAAGGAUCACAACUACGAGUACAGCGUGGUUAAAGGGCUGGAAUUCAAAGCGUCUCAGGAAGCCUUGAAACUGAAGUACCAGCACCUAUCUCAAAAAGAGAGAGAGGGAGAGUGGAGUAUUCUGGAGAACCUGACAGAUGAAGAAGUGGAAAAUCUUCGUAAGAAGGGACUUUUAAGUAAGAUGCACCCUCAGGGCUUUUUGCACCUCAUGCUGACAAAUAUCAUUAGGGGGUUUGGGGCAAGUACACACAGUGGGAGCCAUAAUCUGUACUGGGGACAGCUUGUGCUGAGAAAGAAUGAGGCGGAGCUGGAGUACUUGGGGUGGAAGAAUGAUCUGAGCGCAGAGGUAAAUACAGGGGAGUUGGGUCCCUGUCUCUUUGCCAGGCCUGACCACCCAGAUAACUGUCCAGUCGCAGAUUAUAAGGAGUACGCUAAGAGGAGGCCGCUGGAUAUGCUUCAUGACUACGAUCCGCUUUAUCUAGCGCCCAAGCCUCUGUGCUCCAUAUGGGACCAAAUAUGGUACUGCAGAAAGUCACUGACAAAAGCCAAAAUGGAAAAGAUCUUGAAAGUUAUUAUCCACCAAGUCAAAGGACCUCAAAAGAAGUCCAAGAAAUAAAGGUAUCCGUUUAGUUUCCGCUGUGCCACUUUUUGGUAGGAGUACGUUUCAAAGAAGCCUUUGAAAGGCUGAAGUGGCAAUAUGUAGUGUAGCCCGAGGAGAGCAUCCUUCUCGUCAGUGUCACCUUAGAACAUAAGUCAUCUACCAAUUCGCAUCACCUUAGCUUCCAGGUUAAGUGAAAAACUUCUAUUGUUCUUUCCGUUAAUGGAAUUGAUAAUUCAGUAAGUUAAAUAUUAAAAUCUUGGGUUUCCCAUUUGUAAGACAAGUUAAUACUCUAUUAUUAAUGGGAUGAUAAAACAGCUGGUGUUAACAGGGAGAGGGCUCAGGAGUUGGAUAGCUUGGCUAGGAGUUUGAGCUGCCCUCAUAUUUAGGGAAGCUGGUGCCUGUAAACAGCAUUCGGUCUGUCGGGUAAGCCGAUCGUAGACAGGCAAGUAACCGAGUCAGUUCUGGGCUGGAAGGAGAAUGGCGAAGCGCCGUGUUUGCCAGCUGCUGAUCCGUACCUCGUGGGGAUGCUCUCAACAAGGUCUAUGUCAUUUUGCUUAGUGAAAGAGUUGUAGGUUUAAGAAGUUGUGACCGUGUUUUAAAAAGUUAUUUAAAAUGGCUGGCAGCGUUGAAAGGUUUUAUGGCCAGCGAUUCCCCCAGAGCGCUGGCUGUAGCUGCAUACGCGCACUUCGGUCGGCGCAGUCAACUUUUUUUCAUCUGUUCAAGUACUGUUCAGUCAAUGUAUUGUCUUACGGCCCGGUCGAGUUGUUGGGCUGAGUUGGUGACAUAACCUAAUAAAAGAAUGUUCACUCAG